AUGAACAACGGCGAGCAAAGACGCUUAAAUGGAGAGGCAGAGGAAGACGAAGACGAAGACGAUGCAAACAAUGGAGGCCUCGCUGCUUGGGAACGAGCCUACGCUGAUGAGAGGUCAUGGGAGUCACUGCAAGAGGACGAGUCUGGGCUUCUUCAGCCCAUUGACAACCAGAGCCUUAAACAUGCUCAGUACCGUCGUCGCCUUCGUGCUGCCUCCACUGCUCGAAUUCAAAAGGGUCUUAUUCGUUAUCUUUACAUUGUUAUCGACCUCUCUAAGGCUGCUGCGGAAAUGGAUUUUCGACCAAGCCGAAUGGGUGUGGUUGCAAAACAUGUUGAGGCUUUCAUUAGAGAGUUUUUUUACCAGAAUCCGCUUAGUCAAGUUGGCCUGGUGACUAUAAAAGACGGUGUUGCUCAUUGCUUAACCGAUCUUGGUGGCAGUCCCAAUUCUCAUGUUAAAGCUUUGAUGGGUAAGCUGGAAUGCUCAGGUGACUCGUCCCUACAGAACGCAUUGGAUCUUGUACAUGGGUAUCUGGAACAGAUUCCAUCAUAUGGUCAUAGAGAAGUUCUGAUCUUAUAUUCAGCUCUCAGUACCUGUGAUCCAGGAGAUAUAAUGGAAACUAUCCAGAAAUGUAAGAAAUCCAAAAUUAGGUGCUCAGUUAUUGGUCUCUCAGCAGAAAUUUUCAUAUGCAAACAUCUAUGCCAGGAAACUGGUGGCUUGUACUAUAUUGCAUUGGAUGAGCCACACUUAAGAGAGUUAAUCUUGGAACAUGCACCUCCACCACCAGCAAUAGCAGAAUUUGCAAUUGCUAAUUUGAUAAAGAUGGGCUUCCCACAAAGAGCGGCAGAGGGCUCUGUGGCAAUUUGUUCAUGUCACAAGGAGGCAAAGGUUGGAGGUGGAUACACUUGUCCAAGGUGCAAGGCACGUGUAUGUGACCUACCUACUGAAUGUCGCAUUUGUGGGUUGACGCUCAUUUCUUCUCCUCAUUUGGCAAGGUCUUAUCAUCAUCUUUUCCCCAUCGUGCCAUUUGAUGAGGUCUCUCCAUCACUACUAAUUGAUCAACAAAACAAGUUUCCUAGAGCUUGUUUUGGCUGCCAACAAAGUCUUCUCAAUCCCGGUGGCAUCACUUCCCUGGCUUACUUCCUUUUCACUGUUUAUGACACAGGAAACAAACCCAGCCUUCGUGUUGCUUGUCCAAAAUGCAAACAGCACUUCUGCCUUGAUUGUGACAUUUAUAUUCAUGAAAGCUUGCAUAACUGCCCAGGUUGUGAGAGCGCUAGGCAUUCCAAGAUACCAAAUGCUAACAAAGGAUGA